AUGAGGAUGAAAAUGAAGAAUCUUAUUCAGACACAGGGUUUUGCAAGCCAGAAGCAGAAGGACUCAGGACCUGAGGAUUCACAGACACAACUGCAGAAGAUGCAGAAAGAAAAAGCAGACAUGCAGAACGAGCUGACUGACUGUGAAGAGCAAAUAGAAGCAAUGACAUCUCAUUUGAAAAACGUCAGACAAGAGAUAAGCUUCUAUCAGUCUCUUUAUAAAGCCAAAGAGAAUGAAAUUGAAACUGAACAACACUUAAAAGCCCUUGCUGAGAGAGAACAUGGACGUCUCAAAAGUGAGAUUAAACGACUGGAAGAUGAAAUUGUUUCCUUAAGAGAAAGGAAAACCAGUCAAGAAAAUACUGUAAAAGAAUCCACUAAGAAGUUGGAAAACUUAAAAGAACAGAUGAACUGUGAUGAGCAAGUUCUGGAGAGCUGGAUAAAGGAAAUGAAUUCUAAAGACAACGAUACUAUGGCAAUCCAGAAGUAUACACGACAAGAUGAAGGGAAACUAAGAGCAUUAACCCUUCAAAUAGAGAAGUUGACCACGCAAGCAAACCAGAAGCGCAGAGCUCUUGAUAGGGAGCUCACAGAAACCAUAACAGCUCAGAUGGAGCUUGACAGGACAGCUGAAGAUCUUCGCCGAGCUCAUCAGGAAAGGCAAGAAGUCAUCAAGCAGUGGGAGAACACAAUACAGCAGAUGCAAAAAAGAGAUCAACAGAUUGAUCAUUGUGCUUUGCUCAUAGCAGAGAUAAAACAGGAGAUCAGGAAUAAAGAAACUGUGCUGAAAGAGAAGACUUCCUUUUUGGUAAAUGAAACUCUUAAUAAUCUGGAAUAUGAAAAGAAAAUUUCUUCGGCUGAGCGGGAAGCUGCCCAGCUCCGAAACGAGUAUCAGAAACAGGAUUCUUACAGAGUUCAGCUGCAGGAUGAGCUGGAUGCUUUGAAAUCCACCGUGGACAGAACUACUUCUGAACUAGAGGCUUCGAGAACACAAGUAACGAACCUGAAGAAAGAAAUUCAGAAAAAACAAACCAGAUUAAGCUUUCUUAAAGAAACAAAUGCAAGUCUUGCCACUAAACUGAAGCUUGUGACUGAGGAGACACUCAGUGCAGAAGACAAAGCUUUGAGGAUGGAAGAAAUAGUAAUGGAAAGACAAAAAAUUGUCAAGGAAAAAGAAAAAGAACUACACCAGUUAAAAGAAGUACUUUCCAAGAAGACUCAAGACUUCAAGGAGCAGAAAGAGAAGGAGAAGUGUGUUACAGCAGAAAUUGAGGGACAGCGAAGAGCAAUGAAAAAUCUUAAGAGUAAACUGCAGAGACUUGAUGUAGAUGCAGUAAAACAACAAGAAUUAAUAUAUAACCAGGAUGUUUAUAUUCAGCAAGUGCAGAGACGGCUGUCACGGUUAGAAGGGGAGGUUAAUUCUGAUGAAAAAAAAAUUUUGGAAGCAAAAAUUGCUGAACUUAAGAAAGCCUUACAAGAGAAGAAAAAUACUUGUGAUCUUUUAAAAGCGCAGCACAGGAAACUUCAGAGUGAUGUCAAUUUAAUCAAGAGAGAAAUGGCUAAGACAGGAGAAGAAACGGAUGGGUUAACAACCAAGAUAAAGGAACUAGAGCUUUUCAAUGACAGAUCAGAUAAGGAGUUAAAAAAAGCUAAAGCCACUAAGCAGGAUAUGAUGGUUGAAGAGAAUCUCUUAAAACUAGAAUUGAACCGUCUUCAAGAUAUUCUGCGUGAUAAGGCAGAGAAAGUUCAAACAGUGGAAAAACAAAAGUUGGAGUUAAAUAAAGCAAUAGCACAAAGAACUGAGGAAAUUAGGAUUCAUAAGGCAAUGCUGGAUUCCCAGAUAAGACUUGAGGAGCGGGAAGUGCAACACAUACGUACUAAACUUCAAGAUCGCCUGAGUAAAAUUGAUAGACUGAAAUGCAGGUACAAAGUUCUUACUGCUGGCUUGAUGCCACCUGACGAAGAGGAAGAACCUCCUAUCUACUAUCUAAGGAAGGCUGCACAGGAAAAGGAAAUACUUCAAUGUAAACGUCUUGAUUUAGAUGCAAAGAUCUGCAAAGCUAAAAAAGAAAUUGUAGCUCUGGAAAACACUUUGUGUAUUAUUAAUAACUGCAACAGCAAUUACCGAAACUCUUUCAAGGCAGUCGCUGAGACAAGUGAGGAGUAUAAGGAAAUACUAAAACUAGAGGAGGAGAAAAGGGCUGCUGCUGAAGAACACAGAAACAAGCAAAGACGGAUCAGGGAACUUCAGGAAGAUAUUCAGAGCAUGGAAAGAAAUGUUGAUCAAGUACUGAAGCAGAAGGCCCUCCUCCAAGAGCAAAACAAGGAAAAACAAGCUCUUAUUUUGCAGCUGAACAAAGACAUUGAAGAACAGAAACUAAAACUAGAAAGAGCUAUAAAACAGUGUUCCAGACUAUCCAGAGAAAUUCGGUCUCUGAAGAAAACUAAAACAGAAACUCAGGAAGAAAGAGACAUUGAUCUUCGUGACUUGAAAAGCUUCAAAAAAACCAUCGACAAAUUGUUAGCUGAGGUUCUAGAAGCAAAUCCUGAUUUAAUGACACCCUUUCAAAUGUACUUUAAACAGGCCAAUUUAGAGCUUCCCACAGUUGCUUCUGCUGGUAGUAGUCGAAGUUCUCGAGCACCAUCCACACAUGGCUCAGGAGCUUCUACCCCAUCCUGCAGAAGCACAAGGUCAGGCUCUAGUCAGACUUCACUCAAAGUCAUAAAUCUGAGCUUGCCUACCAGCCCUGAAGCGGCUGCUGUUGACUCAGAGCCACCCAGCAAAGCAAGCACCUCUGCUCUUUAUGAAUGCAAAAAAUAG